UGGCGAGGGCAGAACGUCGAGGAGCGAGGAGCGACUCACUCACUCACUCGCUCGCUCGCUCGCGUGCGUGCCUGCUGAGCUUCGGCGAGCAAUUCGAAAUGCCCUAAAAAAGUCCUGUCAACACUGUAGACGUCGUCGGCGAAUUUGACUACUGUGGGACCACAUGUGCAAAUGAGCCGCCAUCCACCCACCCUGCCGCUUUAGUUCCCAUUCCGGGAUAAUGCCAGGACGGAUACCCCUGUCGGGCGCUCGCUGUUUGUGUGCUUCGACUCACCACGCGCCCCGUCUUGACCCCCGCAGGCUCCGCUGAAUACGAAUUGACCCGCUGCUCCGGAUCCGAAGAUGGGGAGCGCAUUGUCGCAAUUCACCCGCCUCCCGCCCUUCCGGCCUCUGCACGUCGUCAUUCUCGGGUUGGAUUGCGCCGGCAAGACCACGGUGCUGUAUCGGCUGCGGUUCGACGAAUUUGUGAACGCCGUCCCGACGAAGGGUUUCAACACCGAGAAGAUUAAGGUGUCGCUCGGAGAAAGCCGGAGGACGCCUUCCUUCCGCUUCUGGGACGUAGGCGGUCAGGAGAAGCUGCGACCUCUGUGGCGUUCGUACACCCGCUGUGCCGACGGCAUCGUGUUCGUGGUGGACUCUGUGGACGCCGAGCGCAUCGAGGAGGCGAAGACGGAACUGCACAAGAUCACCAGGCUGGCGGAAAACCAAGGUGUUCCCGUGCUGGUGGUGGCCAACAAGCAGGACCUGAGGAACUCGCUGAGCAUGACGGAGAUGGAGAACAUGUUGGCUCUCGGGGAGCUCGGCGCGGCCACGUCCUGGCACCUGCAGCCGGCUUGCGCUAUCAUCGGAGAGGGCCUGCCGGAAGGUCUGGGGAAACUGCACGCGAUGAUCACCGAGAGGCGGAAGAUGCUGCGGCAACAGAAGAAAAACAAGACCAGAUGAUGAAGUCGAAAAGGGGGCAUUUGUGGCGCUCCAUCCCUUUCCCGUCAUUGGGUGGUCUGAUCUUUGUUCAGGUCAGCCGGCGUUCGCUUCCAAUAAAGGACAGUCUGAUCAAUUCUGGACGCUCGCAAAUCAAAAAUAUACACUAUUGCAAUGAGCUUUUUUCAUGCUUAAAAUGUUAAAGGUGACGAGUGCACUGCCAAUGUCAUGCCGCCAGUUUAUAUUUUGGCUAUACACCAAAGCUUAUUUGGAGAAUAUAGACCGAGACGUACCGCACUGUACAGUCAGUCAAGCCAAUGUAGAUUUUGUUAUUCUACAAGACGCUUACAAGCUACGUACGUACAGGAUGCACAGUGGCACCAUAAGCAGCUCCAGAUAUGAUGGCGCGAUCUGAGAGCCGCGCAAAGCGCAACAAACGCAUGUGGCGCUCCUGGGGAGGCCCGGAGGAGCGCUAUUGUGUGCUACUGCACACAAACAAAUGCGAUUGUUCGCUGACUCAUUUGAUUAAGAUUAAGAUUAAGAUUGACACUUCACAUCUUGUGCAGUUAACAUCAACUUGUUACUUUGCUUGCUCCUUAGCAUGCUAAAGCGUUAGCAUUCGACCUAAACCUUUUCGUUCAUUUGUUUAUUCCUCUUCAUUUGGAAGAGUUGGUUUUUUUCCGUUGAUUCAAAUUAAACCGUGUGACAUAAAUGUCUUGUUAACAAAUACAAAUUUGGAGAAUGACACUGUUACUUUGCUGGCUGCUUAGCAUGCUAACCUGUUAGCAAUGUACCUACCAUUUUUAGUAUUCAGUAGCUUUCCAUCCCUCCAUUUUCUUUCGCGCUUUUCCUCACGCGGGUCGCGGGCGUGCCGGAGCUACCGUCGGGCGAGAGGCGGGGGUACACCCUGAACUGGCCGCCAGCCAAUCGCAGUAUUAGCUCGCUUUUUUUCCCCUCUUCCUUUUUAAUAGGCUUUUCCAUAGUUUCAAAUGAAACGAUGCAACAUAAAUGUCUUGUUCAUGAAAGCUAAUUUUAAGAAUGACACUCCCUGACAUUCUUUGCUGUUACAACCUGUGAACUUUUUCUACAUUCGUAAUAGGCUUUUCCAUUUUGUCGAAUCAAACAAUGCGACAUGUCUUCUUAACAAAUGAUCAUUUUUAAAAAUGACACUUUACAUCUCGCAGUUAACAUCAACUUAUUAGCAUGCUAACAUUCUAACUUGUUUAUUUCUCUUCAUGUGUCAUUGGCUUGUCCAUUGUUUCAAAUUAAGCAAUGCAACAUAAGUCUCAUUUUAACAAUGGCGUUUUACAUUUCGCACAUACCGUCAAUUGAGUGGGCCACCGUUAUUUUGCUAACAGUUAGCGUUCCUAAACUAUUUUAAAGGAAGCUACCACAUGUUUAGCGACUAUUGAUUGAUGCUAAUAAUUUAGUCAACACGUAACUGGUCAGUAAUAGUACAAAAUUCUGACUCACGAUCAUUGCGUCUUAACUUGGAAAAGUAGUUUUCAGCGCUGUUGUUCAUCAUAAGAUGUGUCUCUAUGCACUUUAAAUGGUCCUGUUUGGGAUUUUAAAAAGGACUCCAACUGAAUCGUAGUCAAAUGAAUAUUAUUGCUUUGAAAGAAGCAUUUGAUAAUAUUUAUGUUUAUUUCAUAUUGUUUGGAAUAAAGCAGAUCAAAAUGA